AGUCUGCCCAGGCCCUUCUUGCUGUGUCCACGCUGACACAGUGUCCUCCUGCCUUGGAGAGGGGAAGCAGAUCUGAGGACAUCUCUGUGACCAGACCAGAAACCUCCCACCUGUCCAGCUCCUUCCCCAAAUGGACAUGGGGUCCAGCUCCUGGCCCCACCUUGUACCAAACCUGCUGCUGCUCUUGCUGGCACUGCCGCCUGGGGGCCAAGCCGGCACAAACUGCUAUGGGAUCGCCGGGAUGCCGGGCCUUCCCGGGGCCCCAGGGAAGGAUGGGUAUGACGGAUUGCCAGGGCCCAAGGGUGAACCAGGAAUCCCAGCUAUCCCUGGGACACGCGGACCCAAGGGUCAGAAGGGAGAUCCUGGCACACCUGGCUAUCCUGGGAAAAAUGGUCCCAUGGGAACCCCUGGAAUUCCAGGGGCUCCCGGCAACAUGGGACCCCCUGGGGACCCGGGCGAUGAGGGCAGGUACAAGCAGAAUCACCAGUCAGUAUUCACUGUCACACGGCAGACAGUCCAGUUCCCGGCGCCCAACAGCCUGGUCAAGUUCAACUCGGUCAUCACAAACCCGCAGGGGGAUUACAACACGAACACUGGCAAGUUCACCUGCAAAGUUCCCGGCCUCUACUACUUUGUCUACUACACGUCACACACGGCCAACCUGUGUGUGCAGCUGUACCGCAGCGGUGUCAAGGUGACCACCUUCUGUGACCACAUGUCCAACAGCAAGCAGGUCAGCUCAGGCGGUGUGCUGCUGCAGAUGCAGGUGGGCGAGCAGGUGUGGCUGGCGGUCAACGACUACAACGGCAUGGUGGGCACUGAGGGCUCCGACAGCGUCUUCUCCGGCUUCCUGCUCUUCCCUGACCGCAGGGGCCAGUUCGGUUCCUGUUCGUGCCCUGAGAUCUCCCUCAUCCCCCUGAGUUUCAGGAAAAUGGCUGAAGCUAGUAAGCCCAUGAUGAAGAAAGCUCCAAAAUCUGUUCCUUUGGAGAGGAAUAAGAGAGAAAAGGAACAAUUCCGUAAACUCUUUAUUGGUGGCUUGAGCUCUGAAACCACAGAAGAAAGUCUGUGGAACUACUACCAGCAAUGGGGAUAUCUUACAGACUGUGUGUUAAUACGGGAACCUGUAAGCCAAAAAUCAAGAAGAUUUGGUUUUGUCACGUUUUCAUCCAUGGCUGAGGUUGAUGCUGUCAUGGCUGCCAGACCUCAUUCCAUUGAUGGGAAAACGGUUACACCCAAACGUGCUGUCCCAAGAGAGGACUAUGGAAAGCCGGGGGCUCUUGUCACUGUGAAGAAGCUGUUUGUUGGUGGAAUUGCAGAAGAUACUGAGGAACAUCAUCUUAGAGAUUACUUUGAGAAAUAUGGAAAAAUCAAUGCCAUUGAAAUAAUUACUGAUGGGCAGUCAGGCAAGAAAAGAGGCUUUGGGUUUGUUGCUUUUGAUGACCAUGAUCCCGUGGAUAAGAUUGUGUUGCAGAAAAAUCAUACCAUCAAUGGUCAUCAUGCAGAAGUCUGCAUCCCUCACCGGACUGUGAGCAUUCUUGAGGGCGGGGCCACUUUGCUACAGGCCAGGCGCAUAGUAGGGACGGCCGUGAUGAAGACCCCGCGGGGCGGCGCCCCAGUGCUGCUGCCGCUGAUGCUCCUGAGUCUGCUCCAUGCCUCCCGGGCCCAGAGUGGCUGCACUGGGCCCCCGGCCAUCCCUGGCAUCCCGGGCAUCCCCGGGAAACCGGGCUCCGACGGCAAACCAGGGACUCCAGGGAUAAAGGGAGAGAAAGGGCUGCCGGGGCUAGCUGGAGACCACGGUGAGCUUGGAGAGAAGGGGGACCCAGGGUUUCCUGGGAUUCCGGGAAAAGUCGGCCCCAAGGGCCCCGUUGGCCCCAAAGGUGCCCCAGGGCCUCCCGGAGUCCAUGGCCCCAAGGGUGAAUCAGGAGACUACAAGGCCACGCAGAAAAUCGCCUUCUCGGCCACACGCACCAUCAACAGCCCCCUGAGGCGGGACCAGGUCAUCCGCUUCGACCACAUGAUCACCAACACCAACAACAACUACGAGUAUCGAAACGGCAAGUUCACGUGCAGGGUGCCCGGCCUCUACUACUUCACCUACCACGCCAGCUCUCGAGGGAACCUGUGCGUAAACCUCAUGCGGGGCCGGGAGCAGACACAGAAGGUGCUCACCUUCUGCGACUAUGUCUACAACACCUUCCAGGUGACCACGGGCAGCGUCGUGCUCAAGCUGGAGCUGGGGGAGACCGUCUUCCUGCAGGCCACCGACAAGAAUGCCCUGGUAGGCAUCGAUGGGGCCAACAGCAUUUUCACCGGGUUCCUGCUCUUCCCAGAUGCAGAGGUGUGACCUGUGGGUCCAAUUCACCCCCUCCCCUGCCAGCCACGCUCUCUUUACCCCCAACACCAGCCCCCACCUGGCCAAAACACACACUAGGGCUCCAUGGAUGUUGCUGAAUGAAUGAGUAAAUAAACUUUUCAAGGCCAAGGG